AGGGCCUGGCACGUGGUAGUCCUGGAGGCCCAGGUGACCCUCAGACUGGCAGCAUGGAUGACUGGCACAGGACUUUUGACCAAAGUCUGCUGGUCCCUCCCCACCCACAGAGAGCACGCCAGCCAUUAAGGGAGUCGACGGCGUUCCAGUGUGUCCUCAAGUGGCUUCAGGGGCCGCUGAUGAAGCAGGGAGUGCUGGAGCUGCUGUCAGAGGUGGGAUGCCAUCUGCGCGUGUCUCUCUUUGAUGUCACUUACCGACACUUCUUCGGGAGGACAUGGAGGAGCAUGGUGAGGCCCGCCGAGCAGCUCUCAAGGCAGCCGUCCAGGAUCGUCUUCAAUGAGCCCUUGUAUUUUCAUACGUCCUUAAACCACCCUAAUAUCGUGGCUGUGGUAGAAGUGGUCGCUGAAGGCAGGAAACGGGAUCGGACCCUCCAAGCUUUGUCAUGUGGGUUUGGAAUUCUUCGAAUCUUCGGCAACAAACCGGAAUCUCCUACCUCUGCCGCCCAGGACAAACGGUUGAGACUGUAUCAUGGGACCCCCAGAGCCCUCCUGCACCCGCGGCUCCAGGACCCCAUAGAACAAAACAAACACAUGACCCUCAUUGAGAGCUGCAGCCUGCAGUACACCCUGAAGCCACACCCGCUCCUGGAGCCUGUGUUCCACCUCCUUCCCGAGAACCUGCUGGUGUCUGGUCUGCAGCAGAUACCCGGCCUCCUUCCAGCUCAUGGAGAAACGGGUGACGCCCUCCGAAAGCCUCGCCUUCAGAAGUCUGUCACCUGGUACUUGGACGAUUUAUUCUUCACGCUGUAUCCUUCCCUUGAGAAAUUUGAGGAAGAGCUUCUAGAACUCCUUAUCAGUGAUCACUUCCAGGAGGAGGGCAGCCCGCUGGACGACAGCGCCCUGGAGAUCCUGGAGCGGCGCCUGUGCGUGGGUGUGCACAAUGGUCUGGGCUUCGUGCAGAGGCCCCAGGUGGUGGUGCUGCUGCCCGAGAUGGAGGUGGCUCUGACACGCUCUGCCAGUUUCAGCAGGAAAGUUGAGUCUUCUUCGAAGGCCAGGUAUUUUCCCCAGGGUCCGAGUCCUGGCCCCUGUGGAACGAGGAGGUGUGAGUGGGCACUUAAUCAGGGAUCAAAGAGUGUCUGUGUGGCAGUGGGGACGCGACCCACUGGGGCCUCCUGCAAGGCAGCGUCCGUCACCUCUUUGUCCAACUUGGCGUGUAUGCACAUGGUUCGCUGGGCUGUUUGGAACCCGGCGCUGGAAGCCAGCUCUGGGAAGGUGAUGUUACCUCUGCAGGGUGGCAUCCAGCCCAACCCUUCACACUGCCUGGUCUAUAAGGUACCCCCAGCCACCAUGAGCUCCGAAGAGGUGAGGCAGGUGGAGUCGGGGACAAUCCAAUUCCAGUACUCGCUAAGCCCUGAAGGACACCGGGACACACCCACAGGGCACGUCAGCGGCCCCAAGGCAGAGCAGCAGCCCUCCAGGAAGCCACCCACGUCCCCUUCAAGCCCGCCAGCACUACGGCCCCAGGGGCUUGCCGCCCCCCAGGACUCGCCUGUGGGACCAGGGUUGUCGCUUUCCCAGCUGGUGGCUUCUCCACAGUCCCUGGCUCAGCACCGCUCAGCCACACCCUCUUCGCAGCGACCCGGCCCUGAGCCCUCCCUGGCCCAGGCGCAGGAGGCCCCCUUGGAGGGCAGGAUCUCUCACCUGGAAGCUGACCUGAGCCAGACGUCCUCGGUCCUGGGAAUGUCCAUUGCUGACCAGUUGCGGGAGCUGCCUUUCACACCCGUGCAUGCCCCGGUCGUCGUGGGGGCCCAGACCCGGAGCUCUGGGAGUAAGCCCUCGCGAGCCUCGAUGGUGCUCCUGCAGUCCUCCGGCUUUCCUGAGAUUCUGGAUGCCAAUAAGCAACCAGCUGAGGCUGUAAAUCCUACAGAUCCCGUGAAAUUCAACCCUCAAAAGGAAGAAUCAGAUUGUCUCCAAAGCAAUGAAAUAGUGCUGCAGUUUCUUGCCUUCAGCAGAGUGUCCCAGGACCGCCGGGGAACGCCGUGGCCAAGGACCGUGUACUUCACCUUACAGUUCUAUCGCUUCCCACCCACGGCAACGCCGCGGCUGCAGCUGGUCAGGCUGGACGGGGCCGGGAGGACCAGCUCGGGCUGCCUGUCGCACAUCCUCGUUCUGAUUAAUAAAGACGGCUCCUUGGAUGCUGGGUCUCCGGGCUUCCAGCUGAAGUACCUGGUGGAUCCCGGAUUCCUGAAACCCGGAGAGCAGCGCUGGUUCACCCGCUACCUGGCUGGGCAGACCCUGCAGAUCGAUGUCUGGGACGGAGACUCCUUGCUCCUCGUCGGGUCUGCGGCCGUGCAGAUGAAGCAUCUCCUCCGCCAAGGGCGGCCAGCCGUGCAGGUCUCCCAUGAGCUCGAGGUCGUGGCGACUGAGUAUGAACAGGACGCGGUGGUGGUGAGUGGCGAUGUGACCGGCUUCGGCAGCGUCAAGCCCAUUGGCGUCCACACGGUGGUGAAGGGCCGGCUGUACCUGACCUUGGCCAAUGUGGGUCACUUGUGUGAACAGAGAGUGAGAAAUUCCAGCUCGCUGCCACCUUCCAGGUCCCGGGUCAUCUCCAAUGAUGGAGCCAGCUGUUUCGAGGGAGGCAGCCUCCUUACGCGUGGGGGCCCGAGACCAGUGAAAAACGUGGUCCAAGCGCAGAAGCUGGCUGAUGUGGACGGCGAGCUGGCCGCCCUGCUGUUCACCCACACGCAGCAGGGGCACGAGGGGCCCCGGGGCGCCAGCCACGAGGGGGAUGCUGUCCGCAGGCGCAAGCUGGAGCGGAUGAGGUCCGUGCGCCUACAGGAGUCCAGAGCAGAGCUCAGCGGCCGCGGGACCAGUGUGGCGGCUCAGCAGAGUGUCCGUGCACAGCACACACGCGACCUGCGGGUCAUCGCCGCAUACCGGGAGCGCAUGAAGGCUGAGAGCAUCGCCAGCGCGCUGAGCCUGGCCAUCACCACACAGCACACAAUCUAUGCCACGCUGGGCGCUGCCGAGUUCUUCGAGUUUGCUCUUAAGAACCCCCACAACACGCCGCACACAGUGACCAUCGAGAUAGACAACCCUGAGCUCAGCCUCAUCCUGGACAGUCGGGAGUGGAGAUACUUCAAAGACGCCGCCGACCUGCACACGCCAGUGGAGGAGGACAUGUUCCACCUGCAGGGCGGCCUCGCCCCCCAGCUCUUCCUGCGCCCCAGGGAGACGGCCCACAUCCCCUUCAAAUACCAGACCUUUUCUGUGGGUCAGCCGGCCUCCGUGCAGGCCUCUGCUGAGCUGAGAUCUGAGAAGGCCACGGGCGCUGGAUUGCCCUUGAACUCCAGCAUGAUGCCCACUAAACACGCCAAGGUCUUGUUCCAGGCCAGCGGCGGCAAGCCCCUCGCCGUGCUCUGCCUGACGGUGGAGCCCCGGCCCCCCGUGGUGGACCAGGUCUUCCGCUUCUGCCACCCGGAGCUCACCUUCCUGAAGAAGGCCAUCCGCCUGCCGCCUGCGCACACGCUUCCAGGCACACCUGUGGGAAUGCCUGGCGAGGACCGCCCGGUCCACGUCCGAUGUAGCGACCCGAAUGUCAUUUGUGAGACCCAGAAUGUGGGCCCCGGGGAGCCUCGGGACGUGUUCCUGAAGGUCGCCAGCGGUCCAAGCCCGGAGAGCAAAGACUUCUUUGUCACCAUUUACACGGAUCGCUGGCUGGCGACACCCAUCCAGAUCUGGCAGGUCCACCUCCAUUCCCUGCAGCGCGUGGACGUCUCCUGUGUCACAGGCCAGCGGACCCGCCUGUCGCUUGUCCUUAGGGGGACACAGACGGUCAGGAAUGUGAGAGCUUUCACCUCGCACCCCCAGGAGCUGACGACGGACCCCAAAGGGGUCUUCGUGCUGUCGCCUCACGGGGUGCAGGACCUGCAUGUGAGCGUGAGGCCCUGCAGAGCGGGCAGCCGGUUCGUCCACCUCAACCUGGUUGACGUGGAUUACCACCAGCUGGUGGCCUCGUGGCUCGUCUGCCUCUCCUGCCGCCCACCUCUCAUUUCUAAGGCCUUCGAGAUCACGCUGGCUGCGGGGGAAGGGAAGGGUGCUAACAAGAGGAUCACCUACACCAACCCCUACCCCUCCACCAGGACCUACCACCUGUACAGCGACCACCCUGAACUGCUGCAGUUCAAGGAGGACUCCUUCCAGGUUGGGGGAAGAGAGACCUACACAAUCGGCCUGCGGUUUGUGCCUAGUCAGAGAGCUGGGGAGGAAGAGAUUCUGAUUUAUAUCAACGACCACGAAGACAAAAAUGAAGAGACGUUCUGUGUGAAGGUCAUCUACCAGUAA